UCCUAUCAAUCGCGGGAAGGAGCUCUCAUACAGAAACAAAAUGGCUUCGCUAGAAGCUGGAGCUCGUUUGGUGCAGUCAAAAUACGAAGGAUCUCCUCGUCGUUUGAUUUGGACAACUCUCAUAGCAUGUCUGGGAGCGUUGUGUUUUGGAUAUGUUAUCGGUUACAGUUCUCCGGCAAUUCCGAGCAUGAUAAAAAGUGGUGUUUUGAACAAGCAAAAUGCAGGAUGGUUUGGAUCGCUGAUGACAGUUGGAGCAAUACUCGGGGGCCCAUCGGGCGGAUAUUGCAUUGAGAAGUUUGGAAGACGCAAAUCUUUAAUUAUAGCAACUGUUCCGUUCUUAUUGGGUUGGGUUGCGAUGCUGACGUCAUCAACGUUAACGUACCUUUAUGCUGGACGAUUUCUAACCGGAUUCUCCUCGGGACUCGUGACAGUUUGUGUACCAGUUUACAUUGCUGAAAUUUCCACCAAAUCCAUGAGAGGUGUUCUCGGAUCAUGUACUCAACUUUUCAUAACAGUCGGAAUAUUGCUGGCAUAUGCCUGUGGACUUCACUUUGACUGGCGAGGCCUGGCACUCAUAGGUGCCAUACAAGCGGUCACAGCUCUAGUCAUGUCAUUCUUCAUCCCAGAAACGCCCCGAUGGUUGCUUGGGAGAAACCAGAAGGCUGAAGCUAUCCAGGCCUUGAAGGCCCUACGUGACUCGCAUAUGGACGUUCAGGAGGAAUGCAGAGACAUCGAAGAAGGCCUUGAUCCACAAGAGGACUUUGCUUGGUCGGAAUUUCUGCAGAAACCGGAACUGUCCAGACCUCUCUUCAUUGCACUUACUGUUUUCGUAUUCCAACAGCUUAGCGGAAUCAAUGCAGUUAUGUUCUACACCGUGUCAAUAUUCGAAACAGCAAUUCCAGACCUUGCCCAUGGUGCUACUGUGGCUGUUGGUGCUAUCCAAGUUGUUGCUACCUUUGCUGCCUGCCUCCUGAUGGAUCGAGCUGGACGAAGGAAGCUUUUGAUCAUCGCUGGAUUAAUCAUGUCAGCAACUCUCUUCAUGUUUGGACUGUACUACAAGUUGCAAGCCAGCAAUUCCUUGAACAGUACCAUGAAAACAUGGCUACCUGUCUGCUCACUCAUGAUCUAUAUUGUUGGCUUUUCUUUGGGAUGGGGACCGAUUCCUAUGCUUGUUAUGUCUGAAAUAUUUCCCUCCCGUGCAAGAGGAGCUGCAAGUUCAAUCGCAAUCCUUGGUAACUGGCUGGUGGCUUUUGUGGUCACUAAAGAAUUCAUGACGAUGCAAACGAUUCUUGGACAAGAUGGAACCUUUUAUCUGUUCGCUAUGUUUUGUUUGAUGUCGGUAAUGUUUGUCUGGAAAUAUCUUCCAGAGACCAAGGGAAAGUCGUUGGAAGAUAUUGAGCUCUACUUUCUAGGACGAACAUUAAUUGAUAAGUAAGCCAUGUUUUCACAUUUCAUUAUGAACAUGGCUUUGGGGGAAUUUUGAUUACUUUUUAGAGUUACAUAUUUUGCCGACUUUGUUCCAUUAGAAACUUGGAAAAAGCACUGUCAACAUAAUCAACAUACAAAACAACAAUGAUCAUGAUGAUGUACUGAAUAUGUACUGAUGAUGUACUGGUCAUGUUUACUACAUUUACCAUCAAUAUCUUUGUUUAUGUACUAUCAUAACUGACAGUAGUUUACUUGUUUGAGGUUCAAUGUCUGUCUGCAGAAGGAACAUGGGGAACAUACAUCAGGUGUUAUCAUGGUUAUCAGUGGUUAUGGCUUUUGCUUGUCAUGCAAGAAAACUGGGUUCGAUGCCCAUGUGUGAAGCCCAUUUCUGGUAUCCCCUGUCAUGAUGUUGCUGGAAUAUUGCUAAAAGAGGCAUACAAAGCAUACUCACUCACUAUAAGCAUGUUAAGGCCUAAAUAUAUCCAUGUGGUUCUAACAGUGUCUAAUGACCCGAUGGAGCCUAAUGUAAGAUACCGAUUCCAACUAUAUGUCAAUGGUACUUGCGGCUUGUGACCGAACAAAUCAGGCAUGAAAGCAUGUUUACCAGUAGUUCUUGAUCAAUGUUUUUAAAUUUAUUGUCAUCCAAACAACAUUAUGUUUAAUUAGGCCUAAACAUUAAAAGGGGAUGUUUUGCAUGAAGUUGGUAUUCCACUUGUUAGGGAAGUCAUGGGAGUUUCAUCCUCAUCCUCAUCAUCAUCAUUUUCCUGAAAGUGUUUCAAUUCUACCAUGUCUACCUUGUUCUAUGAUUUGCCAUUGUUUACAGGAUAAAUAUGUGCAUGUAUUGACUUAUGAA